CAGCGGUAACGCUCGCCACGACGGGGAAUUCAGAGUCGUAGAGCCUCAUACGCGGGUCAUAAACGAUCCGCGGCCAUAGUAGAGGUGCACGCGCGAGGAUCGAUCCGAAUCGCCGGCGAUAAACGCAUCUCCCGCGAGGCGAUCGUCGCGCGCUGCGUCGCCGCCGAGCGAUGAGUUCCAAGUUCAUCAUCGAUAGCAUGCUCCCCAAAUACCACCAGCAGUUCCAUCAUCAGAACUUAUUCGCGGGUGCCGGGACAUCGCCUAUAGAGGCGUCGCUUUCAUCGUCCUUAUCGUCGUCGCUCUCGACGUCGUUAUCUUCAUCGUUAUCUGGCGGUCUGGGAGCAGCAGCUUUGGGAGCGGGCUCUCCGGGUGCCGGAAGCCCGCAACGGUCUUCGUCUUCAUCAUCGGCAUCGCCAGGAGCACCGGCAAGGAUGUAUCCGUACGUGUCGCACCACCAGCAGUUCGGAGGGUCAGUGCCGUUUCCCACGGGGACUGGACUGUCAGCGGAUGACAAGAGUUGUCGGUACCCUACGGCAGUAGGAGGCGACCCGAUGGUGAAUUAUGCGCUGGGUCAGCACAACGGUGGCGCGGCUGUGUCGGCGGCAUCAGCUAGUAUGGCAGCGGCGGCUCAGUUCUACCAUCAAGCAGCGGCAUCAGCGGCGUCUGCAGCAUCAGCAGCUUCAGUAGACGCGAUGGGUGCAGCUUGCUCCCAACCUUCAGCGCAGCCUCUGCCUGACAUACCACGCUACCCCUGGAUGUCCAUUACUGAUUUCCCAUUUCCAGAUUGGAUGAGCCCCUUCGACCGCGUGGUCUGCGGUGAGUUUAAUGGACCGAAUGGAUGCCCACGGCGGAGGGGUCGACAGACUUACACAAGAUUCCAAACGCUAGAACUGGAAAAGGAAUUCCAUUUCAACCAUUAUUUGACGCGUAGACGCAGGAUAGAGAUCGCGCACGCGCUCUGCCUCACAGAGAGGCAAAUAAAAAUAUGGUUUCAGAAUCGACGAAUGAAACUAAAGAAAGAAUUGAGAGCGGUGAAAGAAAUAAACGAGCAGGCUCGCAGAGAACGAGAGGAGCAGGAUAGGAUGAAACAGCAACAGCAAGAGAAACAGGCGAAGUUGGAGAGUCAACACCACGGUCACCACGUGACACACCAUCACGAUCCCAUGAAAAUGCCCAUCGACAAGGGCGGAGAUAUCCUCAAAGUGAAUAAGGUACCGACGUAAGCCUCCUCGGCACGUAGCAAAUCCUGACUGAUACUGUAUCAUAGUGUGAAUACAUGAAUGGAAGUGUUGCGUCCAUGAGGACCCGCGAAUUACGUUAGUCGUCUCGUAUCCACUAGUUUUAUGAUUGCGGCUAAUUUAGGAGUGUCCUCGUUGUGGAGGUUCGUGACUUUUAUUGUAUUGAUGUUCCUUUAGUGCGAAAGACUUGCCUCGGUGUCGUUCGCGUGGACGCUGGUGAUGUGCUUUAAGCAUUUAUUUUGUUGCCAUAACCACACCAUGUAUUGCAAUAAUAUUUUACUAAAUUUUACAAAAGUGUUAGCGUCGCUGGAUGGUUUGCAAGUUCAUGUGAAUUUCGGUAUUGUUAGUUAAGAUUUUGAAUCUGUGAAUCUCAAAGUAUUUAUUACUGCAGCUACUCUUUAUGUUAUUUCUUUUAUAUUAUAGUUAUUAUAUUAUGUACAUUUUGAUGUAUAUUUUAUUUUACCGCUAUUAGUGGUUCGGUUAUGUUUAAAAUUUAUUCAUAAUCCCUUUAUAUUGUAAUCUUUGUUGUAUUUUGUCAAUUAUUGGUUAAAAGUACUUUUGUGGUUAGAUCAAGUUGUGGUUUACUUUAUUUUGAAAUAUAUUGUUUAUUUGAACGAUUAUAUAUUAUUUUUUACAACAUGUAUGUCAUAUUUUUAUUACUAAUUCCAUAAGAACGUCUAACGUAUAUUAAAGCAAAAUACGUAUUAAAGUACAAUUCCACGUGUAGGUUUUUAUUUAUCUUGUUCUUGGAAAUGCAAUAUUUUUUGAAAUUGAUAAUUUAUAGAAAAAAUCGGAUUCAUAAAUUUAAUAACUUCGAUUAAACAACAUGUUGUCCAAAUAAGUCAGCAGUUCAAAAUUAUAUACGUAACAUUGAUACAUAUUAACAAAUAAUGUGUACUAAGAAUAAAUUUUACAAGUGUAUCUUUAACGUUGAGUAGAAUAAGUGUAAAAUAUCUUAGACGUAAGUUCUACUUUUUAUGAAUAAUCUAAGUACCAUACGAUCUCCUGGUUUGUUUUUCAGGUUAGGUAGUAUGUUCUUACAAUAUCUGGCUUUAUCUUAGACGCUUGCUUUGAUCUUAAUCGAGUUUUAUGAUGCAAUUCAUUCAUCAUCAAGUAUACUUUGCAUUAUGCAUAUUGUGCCAAAAUACAUCAACUUGAUUUUAAUCUUAUGUUUUUCUAAUUUUACACAUUUUCCGGUCAUAUUCUAAAUAUCAGUUGCAGCAUGAAAUAAACUUGAACGCUUAUACAAAAAUAUAUAAACGUAAUCAGAACAAAAGUAGUAAACUAGUAAAAAUUAGUGUUGAUAGUCACCAUUAUACGUAAAUUAUUGUCAGGGUAGAAUUAAAAAAUUAAAUAAGUAUCGAUCGAAGAACAUCGCUUAAUUUUUUUAAUCAUCUCUUACUGUCCACAUACAUUUUUAAGUAUCGUGAUAUCAUUAGUAAUGUAGUUAUAAGUUUUCCUAACUACGAUUACAAUUCCAAGCCAUCUUAGAUUUAAUACCUACAUGUAGACCGCAAUAUAUCGAAAGUUCAUUAUUUUAAGUUUUCCAAAGGAAUAGUUUAUUUUGGUCAUAUUGAAUAUAUCAGCGGAGGUUUGAUAUGUGCAAUAAUGAUGUUUUAAAUUUGGCGUAAGGUUGUCUUUAGGUAUAAAAUUUCCAUCUUUUGAAAAUCGAACAAAAUGUACUUAAAUAAUUUCGAUAUGUAGGCUUUAUAAAUUAUACUGCAUAGAUAUAACUAUAGUAGAAACUGAAGAUAUUUUUAAGCGAAAAAAACCAUUGGAAGUAUUUUGAAAACGCUUAAUUGCCUAAUUAGUAUGAUUAUUGGAUAAUUGCUUACGACUUGGACGUGCAGUUACAAACCAUUAAAUUACAAUGUUUGUAUACGAAUUUGUUCAAAUUGUUAUCAAUUUAAUCGUUAUUUUGAGCGUUUCUUUUGUCUAAUAAACAGACUGUAUGGAUUUAAAAACCUCAUAUACUCUAUUCUUUGUUUACACUAGCGACGAACUAAUACGAAAAAAAUGUUCUCUCUAGAGGGUACUCACAUAGAACUUAUGUAUUGACUCGUGAACAGCACAACUUUUUAGAUCCAUAUAGCCAGUUUGAUACAUAAAAGCAAGCCCUUGAUCGAUUAUUAAAAUUUCUUGUUCUUAUUGUUUUAUGGGAAAGUGCAAAUGGAGCUAAACGAAAACUUCUAACGUUAGUUUCCAAGGUUUCAUUUUCAACAAAAGCCUUUAAAUGGUAAGAGUAUGAGUAAUGAAAUUUGCGUAUGUACGUCCGAUGAUUUAUGUUAGGUUCUCCUUAUUGUUUCUGCCUCGUAAAGAACUGUAGAUAAUUCACGUGAAACAAUGAGCAAUUUGCUAAAUAGAUUAUAUACGACCUCCAUCCAUCUUGCCAUACCAUAGCUAGUACCUAGGGUAUUUGUAAUACCUUCAGUUUUUUUCUUUCAAAAUUUAAAAAUAUUUAAUGAAUUAUUUAUUUUCAACAUUUUUGUUAGUUGUCAACUUCCGUUUAAGUUUUUUAGUAUGUACCUAUAUUGAGUAAUUAAUUGUAAAUAAUUGUGAACGUUUUGUGGCGCAUUAUAUUUUGUUUAUGUUAUGUAUUUUAUGUAUGUAAUGUGCGUUGUUCAUCGUACAAACUUCGAAUGAUGGCAGUACGAGUGAACAAACUCACAGAACGUGACUGUGUCGUGUUAAUAUAAGCAAAAUAGAUGGGUAAUUGUAUAUGAAACCCGCAUUCAAUAUUGUAAUAUUACUUCCGAAGGUUCAAGAGAAUAAAGAGUUAAUAAAACAA